AUGGGCAAAUCUAAAGGUCAUGAGUUGAAGAAGUUCUACGGGAAAUUGGGAUUUAAUUAUGAGCAAAACAAGUACGAUACGAUAAUCGGUUUCUCACAUGUCGUAUCUGUGAUUGCGAAAGAGCUGUGUGACAUUUACAAAUUGAAUUUCCUCGUGAACGAAAUUCCUUCAAACUCACCCAGUGGAGACGAAACUUCUAAAUUCAAACAAUCGUUUCUAAUUGAAUUUUCAGAUUUCCUUAGGGAGUAUGGAUUUCCUUAUCUGGAGCUUAUUCAAGGAGAUAUCUCUACAAGAUUUGCUUCUCCAAAACAUAGGGCGAUUAUUUUAAAAUUCCUUUGUGCUGAGCUUGUUGUGGCCCGCAAAAUGUGCAAAGAAAGACCACAGAGUGGAAACCAGUCAGAUCAUUCACAGAUAACCUCAGAUAUUUCUGAGCAUUUUUCCAGAGCUUGUCAUGCUCUUGGCUUACACCAAACCUCGUUUGGUUCAGAUGUCAAGACACUAUUUGCUACUCUCUUCGAGUCGUAUCUUUAUUGCUUCUACUUCCAGACCUCCAAGGCUCUAAAGUCUGCUCCUCCCAAUUAUAUUGGCAAGCCAAUGCUCCCGAUAACCGGUCUCUCAGACGAUCAGUGGACAAAGAUUUGUCACAUCGGGCAAGUCCUUGACACAGAGUACACCAGUCGUCGGGAGACCCUUAUCAAACGUGCAGAUUGCACUGUUCAAAGCUUCAAAUGGUCCGAUUGUGGAAAAACAAAAAUGGAAGAGAUUGAACGUACGUAUAAUCCUCUUCGUGGAGCAAUGAAACUUCGUCCCUGGCUUAAUAUGAUACCCCACAUCUUAGCAGCUCGUGACGUCCAACUACUCCGUUUGGAGAAGACUUCCAGUGGAUUGGCACGAGAGUUCACUUCCACCCCACUUAAUCGCAUCCUGAUGUCCGAAAAAGUGCCUGAUCGAGGUGGAAGAGCUUGGGAGAUUGAAGCGCCUCCUCCAGAAAUGCCUUCCUUUAAAAAACGACAAGCUGGGGGUGGACGUGGUGGUGCAGGCAAGUCUUGGUUAUUUAAGUUGCUUAGUAGACGCGGAUAUUGCCUUUCUUCACUAAUCGGAUUGAAUGUGUCUCUGGCAAUCAGCCCUUAUCGGGGAAAUCGUGGCAGUCGUGGUGGUGGGCGCGGUGGCGGCCGAGGUGGUGGUCGAGGCGGAGACGGCGUAGGAGGUGGACGCGGUGGAUUUUCUGUCAAUGAUUCCUUUGGUAAUGUUAGUGGCAGCAGUGAUUCACGUCCUCAAACAGGCAUCUCCUUUGAGCGCCAAGAUGAUCUCAUGCGAAGUCCUGGUGACAUUGUCUUCCAGAUGAAUUAUCUAAUCACUCCGUUUACUAUUUCCCUUCUGGUGGUUCUCUCUUUAUCUGCUCCAGCAAAAUUAUCGAGCAGCCAUUCGGCACUUGAUCAAAGGAUCAAAAUAAUUGAACUUCACUCGACAAAUCUCCUUGGUGAACGUUCGUGGAGGUAUGAUUCGAACAAAGAGCAUCCAGUUUUAUUUAAAGUCACUCUGCUUGAAACCAACUUUGUAGAACUCGAUCCUACUUGUUUAAACAGUUCGUAUGUCGCUAUUACGGAUUCAAAUAAUGCCUCUGUUACAUAUUGUACUUAUUUGAAAAACCGAGAACUGAGAAUCUUUUCGGCAAAUUUAGAGAUUGAAAUUGUUUCUUCUGACAAGAGCCUUGAAGAUCAAUAUGUAAAAUUCUCAUAUGAAAUUAUUGAUGUGGGAACGCAACUGAUUUCACCGCUAUGCAGUCAUAUUAAGGAAGAACAUCGUAAAUUUUGGCCGUGUAAAACACAAUUUUACUCAGACAACCUCUCAGAUAUAGUCUGUAUUCCUUCUAUGCAAAUUUGUGAUGGCAUAAUACAAUGUCCAGGGAGUGAAGACGAAGAUGUCAAUAUGUGUGAUGCUUUGAAGCUAAAGAAGUUCAAACUUCCACCACUGAGAUAUGAAGAACCCAUUGGGCCCGUGGGUAACGAAGCUUGUCCCAGUAAUGCGUUCUACUGUCAUAACGACGCCAAAUGCAUAACCCCCGCUAAUGUAUGCAAUGGAGUACAAGAUUGUCUUGGAAACAUGGAUGAAUCACCAAUCGCAUGUGACUGGAAGAAAAAGAAAUCUGAUAUCCCCAAGUGUAAUGGCACAAAUGUGAAUGAAACAUCGAUAUCUUGCAUCAAGGAUUUCAAGAUUCUAUGUCCAGCAGAAAAUAUCUGUUUACCCGCCAGUGUUGUCUGUAAUGGAAUAAUCGAUUGUUCUGAUGGAUACGAUGAAGGUCCACAAGCUUGUAAAGCAAUUGGAGAUUUGGGACAGCAGUUGAUUGAGGAGCAACCAAAAGAUGAUAUUUCAAUGUCUACAGAUGGAAACCUUUCAAAGAUUCCUUAUGAAGAAAAAAUCGACAAAAUAACAACUGGCGCUACUGAAAUUUCUCCACUCCCAUCAACUAAUUACCCUGUUUCUACCUUAAAUCAGGCUGAAGUCCCUAAAACUAUAUCUUCAAACGCCUCAGUUACUCAAGAAGAAAGAACUUCUGAAUCUGCAGAAGUUUCUUUAAGUAAGGUUGACAAAGUUAAUGAAUCAAAGGAGCAUUCCUAUCUAGAAAUAGAUACUACUCAUGAGCAUAACCAAGACACAUUUACUACGCCUACUAGCGAAACUUCGACUGAUUAUAAUAUUGCAACGAACAUUUUAGUCGAAAGUCUUACCACUGGAUCCAAUGAAAUCCUUGCGGACAUUGGUCCAAGAUUGGGAAAUGCUUCGUGGACUGCUAUAAAUGGGGGUUCAGAGGUUCCAUCUAGUGAGUUAAAGGCAGAAACCGAGAUUUUUCAAUAUUCUGUUAAAAACAGUGAAUUCUCAACAGUAUUUCCUGAAAAAUCCAAUCAGGCUAUGCAAUUGAUGGAACCAAUUUCAGAACCGGAAGGAAUAAAUCUUGAAUCAACUUCAGAGUUGCCUUCUGAAUUAACGGAUUCAACGACGAUUGAACCAGAAGAGCUAAAUUUGAAGAAAUUGGCUACCUUUACAAGUGAUGAAGGUGAGAUUGUCUUUCCACCUCUCUGGAUUGCUCGUGUUUCCAGUGGUUUUACCUUUCUCUGCUAUGGAAUCCUUCUGGACUUAAAGAGCACUUCUAGAUGGGUUCUUAUCCCAUCUUCAUGUGGACAGUAUUUGGAACCUUCUAGAAUGAGAGUCCACUUUGGAGCAGGAAUCGAUAAAUAUGAGUGA